AACCAUUUUUAUUACCUUAUGCGCAUAGUCAUCCACGAUUAUUUCAUCGACAAUGGUUUCGAGCUGCUCUUAUACGUGCUGGUCAAUAUUGUAGUUCAUUCGAAGAUUUCGAAGAAGAACGGCUUUAUCUUGAAUUAACCUUUCUGGCUAAUGGCUAUUCAUUAGAUUUUGUCGAAUAUCAUUUGAGACAAUUCUUUUCACGUUUUAAUCCUAAGCCAAAUGAACCAAUGAGUCUCAAUCGAUUCACCUAUUUUUCACUUCACCAUGAAUUAUUUCGUUGCAUCGAUCAACAGAGACAUAAUCUGGAAGAAGAACAAGAAUUACAUAAGAAUUGUCAAUUAAUUCAAUUACAUUAUCUUUUCGACUGGGGUUCAAGAUGUCAAUUCAAUCAAAAAUUUCAUGAACUUUGGUCUGAAAUUCUCGAGCAAGACCCACAGUUUAAAAAGUACGGAUAG